UGACAGAAGCAGCAGAAGAAGCGACAGCUCCAGUGUUGACAGGAAGAGCGUCUAGUGGCUGUGUGCAGACAUGAGUGUGCCGGACUACCUGCAGUGUGCUGAAGACCAUCAGACAGUCCUGGUGGUGGUCCAGCCGGUGGGCAUCGUUCCCGAAGAGCAGUUCUUCCGCAUCUACAAGCGCGUGGCCAGCGUGAGUCAGGUCAGCAUCCGCGACUCCCAACGCGUCCUGUUCAUCCGCUACCGCCACCAUUACCCUCCUGAAAACAACGACUGGGGCGACUUUCAGACCCAUCGCAAAGUGGUCGGCCUCAUUUCCGUGACCAGCUGCGGCUCAGCCAAAGAGUGGCCGCAAACCUCCGAGCGUUUCCACGGGCAGAAAGAGGUGUUCGGCUCCACGCUGUACGACUCGCGUCUGCUGGUGUUCGGGCUGCAGGGUGAAGUGGCUGAACAGCAGAGGACAGACGUGGCCUUUUAUCCCAGCUUCGACGAUUGUCCUGAUGUGGAGAAGCGCGUGGAGGACUUCGUGGAGUCCAUCUUUAUCGUGCUGGAGUCCAAAAGGCUUGACAGGGCGACGGAUAAAUCUGGAGAUAAGAUACAGCUGCUGUGCGUGCCCUUUGAAAAGAAGGACUUUGUGGGGUUGGACACGGACAGCAGGCACUAUAAGAAGCGCUGUCAGGGCCGCAUGAGGAAGCACGUCGGGGAUCUGUGUCUGCAGGCGGGCAUGUUGCAGGACGCCCUCGUUCAUUAUCACAUGGCCGUGGAGCUGCUGCGCUCUGUUAAUGACUUCCUGUGGCUGGGAGCUGCUUUGGAAGGUCUGUGUUCUGCGUCUGUCAUCUUCCAUUACCCAGGAGGCACUGCAGGGAAGAGCGGAGCCCGCAAGCCUGGCGUCUCCUCUGCUGCAGACGCUGGAAAGAGACAUAGACCUGGCGCUCAAGAAGUUCUCAUUGAUCCAGGUGCUUUGACGACCAAUGGGAUCAGUGCAGACACUAGCACUGAGAUCGGCCGAGCCAAAAACUGCCUAAGUCAAGAGGACAUCAUUGAGAAAUACAAGGAGGCAAUUUCUUACUACGGCAAGUAUAAGAGCGCUGGAGUGAUUGAGCUGGAGGCCUGUAUUAAAGCAGUGCGAGUUUUGGCCAUUCAGAAACGAGCCAUGGAGGCAUCUGAGUUUCUCCAGAACGCUGUUUACAUCAACCUGGGCCAGCUGUCAGAAGAAGAGAAGAUCCAGCGGUACAGUGUGCUGUCGGAGCUGUAUGAGCUCAUCGGUUUCCACCGUAAAUCUGCUUUCUUUAAACGCGUUGCCGCCAUGCAGUGUGUGGCUCCCACAAUCCCUGAGCCAGGCUGGAAGGCCUGUUACAAACUCCUGCUGGAGACCCUGCCAGGAUACAGCCUCUCGCUGGACCCCAAAGACUUCAGCAAAGGGACUCAUCGUGGAUCAGCAGUGCAGUUGCGGUUGCUUCAUGAGCUGGUUUAUGCCUCUCGUCGGAUGGGGAACCCAGGCCUGUCAGUCAGACAUCUCUCUUUCCUGCUGCAGACCAUGCUGGACUUUCUCUCAGAUCAGGAGAAGAAAGAAGUGACCCAGAGCUUGGAGAACUACACGUCAAAGUGUCCGGGAGGAAUGGAGGUGAUCAGCCUUCCUGACGGACUCAAGCUUCCUCCUGUUCCCUUCACCAAACUGCCCAUCGUCAGAUCAGUGUCCCUGCUCAACCUGCCAGUAGGCCUGCGUCCUCACAAGGUGAAAGGCCUUUUGGGACAGGGGAUGUCCACUGCCAGUCCAUUCAUCUACUCUCCCAUCACCAUGCACAGCAGAGGGGACGAGCGCUCCAAGAAGAUCGGUGAGGGUUAUCGUUUUCCUCAUCUGAGGCUUUAA